UCAGGGCGCAGGCGCGUGGAGGGGGUUGGGGGAGGAGGGAAGCGGCGAGUAAGAUGGAAGAUGAGGAGGUCGCUGAGAGCUGGGAGGAGGCGGCAGACAGCGGGGAAAUAGACAGACGGUUGGAAAAAAAACUGAAGAUCACACAAAAGGAGAGCAGGAAAUCCAAAUCUCCUCCCAAAGUGCCCAUUGUGAUUCAGGACGAUAGCCUUCCCACGGGGCCCCCCCCACAGAUACGCAUCCUCAAGAGGCCCACCAGCAACGGUGUGGUCAGCAGCCCCAACUCCACCAGCAGGCCAGCCCUUCCCGUCAAGUCCCUAGCACAGCGCGAGGCAGAGUACGCCGAGGCCCGGAAGCGGAUCCUGGGCAGCGCCAGCCCUGAGGAGGAGCAAGAGAAACCCAUCCUCGACAGGCCAACCAGGAUCUCCCAACCCGAAGACAGCAGGCAGCCCAAUAAUGUGAUCAGACAGCCUUUGGGUCCUGAUGGGUCACAAGGCUUCAAACAGCGCAGAUAAAUGCGGGCAAGGAAGGAUGCCACCGCUGCCGCCGUCACCGCCUCCUGGGUCGUCUGCCACGGGUCACACUGCCGUGGCAGACAGCUGGACUUGAGCAGAGGGAACGACCUGAUUUACUUGCACUGUGAUCCCCUUUGCUCUGCCCACUGUGACCUUGAACCCCAUGCACUGUGACCUCUCCCCUUACCCCCUUCCCACUGUGAUUGGCACAUCUACAAGGGCUGCCCCAAGUCAACGGAAAGGGAAAGGAUGGGGGUUAGGGAAGGGUUGGGGGGACCCACCGAGGACUCAGAGUAGAGAGUCAGACAGUGCCACUUGGCCACUUGGGGUCAAGCCAGUGCCAGCAAUAAGUUUAUCAUGCUCAUUAAUUUGGGAUUUCAAAACACAAAUGAGAACUCCCGUCCACCCACCCCCAAGUGCAUGUCUUCAUCACUUAAAAGCAAGUUCCUUUUGAAAAUAUCCUUUUUUUUUCCCCUUUCUAUUUUUGUUUGUUUAUAAAAAUAUCUGAUUUGCAAGAAAAAGUGCAUGGGAGGAGUUUUAGCAGUUUAAUGAAUUUUUAAUUGAGAAAGGGUAGUUUGGUAGUCUACUUAAAAAUGUUUCUGGGAAAUUCACUAGAAACAUAAACCAAUAGGAUUUUGGUGAGCUGAGCUUCUGUAUUCCUACUGCCGCCCAGAAAAGGGGCAGGGCUGUCUAGCCCCCAGGACAGAUGAGCACCCCAUGCCUAUACCUCCCUCCCCGCAGCUAAGCCCCAGGCAUCUUGGCCCUACCUGGAGACUGGGCUAGUUCUAUAGGCCCAGAGAGCUUGGGGAGGGUGCCAACCCCACCUCAAGUAUUUUGGGAGAUGGGGAAAGUGAACAGACUUCCCCUUCUCGUACCCCUCAGGGUGGUUCCCUACCAGCCAGCCUUGCUACUUGCAGAAGAGAGCAGGGAGUGAGACCGCACUCCCGAGCUUAGAAGUAAGGGAUGCGCGAUGCUCAGUAUUUUGCAUCAGCACAAGGAAAGCCAGGAGAGAGUCUGGCUCCAGGACCCAGCCUCCUGCUAGUGUGGUCAGAAGGUGUCUGUGGGGCGCCGUCUCUGUGGAUGGCAUCAGCUUGGUAACUAUAGCUGGUACCUUUCCUUUGUGAAAUCACUACCUGGGGAGUAGGCCAUCCUGAGUACAUGUGGGAAGAGACAGGCUGUGUGUUGCAAGGAUUGGUGAUGACAGGCUGAUUCCCCAUAGACCUAGGCUACCCUUCACCCCUUUUCCAGAGCGAGGGCCUGGAAUGAAGGCAGCCUCGCCUCUGUGCCUGGAACCUAGAGCUUUGCUUUGGCUCCUGGAGGUGGAAGAGGCUGAGGGCAGCUGCCCAGAGCAGCUGUGUGUGUCCAGCCUGGCUCCUCUCAGGCUUGCGGGUCUCCUUCCGCUGCACUGCGCCUUAUCCCUCAGCCAGCCAGCCAGCCUCCCACUCAGUGGUAGGUAUGACAUUUUGUGAUUAGGGCAGCUUGUGGUGGCCAAGGUGGCAGGCUAGGUUUCGCAGGCUCACUUCACCUUUGGUUCGCCUGGCUCUCGGCCGUGCCCUGUGGGAAUGGGGCCAGGCCCAGCAAGCCAUGUCCCACUAUACCUUCCCCUUAGAAGGAAGGGCCAGCUGCUAACUGAAGCAGCAGCUAGUCCGCAGCACAGCCUUCUAACUGUGUGAAGCCCGGAAAUUGUCCGCAAGCAGAGCUGGCACGGAAAGGAGCUUCGGUCAGUCAGAACCCAGGCGUGUUGCGUUGUGCCCACAGACUGUUUUGAUGGGGAAUUACCUCUAGGAGUGGGCAAGGGAGAGGGUUGGCUGCUGUCUUUCUAGUUCCAUGCCCUGACCAGGCUUCCUCAUUCUAACUGUAUAGUGUCCGUCCCUCAUGUAAGAGUGGUUUCUGGCCCAAGGUGAGACUAUCCUCUCAGGUGGAGAAGGGUAGAGGUAGGCCAGGUGGGAAGGCCAGAAGUGCCGAUCGCUCAGCCGUUGGGACCACCUGUUCGUGCCGCCUUCUACCGGGAGCCAGAGGGAAGACGGCUGCUGGGUGUCUGUGGAUUGAUGUAGUAGGGACUGGUGCUCCCACCUCCCUCCGGCCAAAGAAGGGUUUCUGCCCGCCAUGUGCCUGUCACCACCCACCAGCAGUCAUAGCCUUGGCUCCCAGAUGGAGAGGUGGCAGGCAAAAAUUUUUUAAAAAAGGAAAGAAAUGAAAACAGGAAACUAUUGUGUCGGGGGGAGGUGGGAGGGGAGAUGGGAG